CAAGAGCUGUCUCGGCAACAUCUGCGCAUGCGCCUCAGAGAGACAGAGAGAAACCCGGGUUUGGGAAUCGGUUGUUCUAGCCGGCCGUUCGGAAGCCGCGAUGCCGGAUUAUUUGGGGACCGAUCAGCGCAAAACCAAAGAGGAGGAGAAGGAGGACAAGCCCAUCCGUGCUUUGGAUGAAGGUGACAUCGCCCUCUUGAAAACCUACGGCCAGAGCACAUACUCAAGGCAAAUCAAACAGGUGGAAGAUGACAUUCAACAGUUGCUUAAGAAAAUUAAUGAACUCACAGGCAUUAAAGAAUCAGACACUGGCCUGGCACCACCUGCUCUUUGGGAUUUAGCUGCCGAUAAACAAACUCUUCAGAGCGAGCAGCCACUACAGGUGGCCAGGUGUACAAAGAUAAUCAACGCGGAUUCCGAGGACCCCAAGUAUAUUAUCAAUGUUAAACAAUUUGCCAAGUUUGUGGUGGAUCUCAGUGAUCAAGUGGCCCCCACCGACAUUGAAGAAGGAAUGAGAGUUGGCGUGGACAGAAACAAAUAUCAGAUCCACAUCCCACUACCUCCAAAGAUCGACCCAACGGUCACCAUGAUGCAGGUGGAGGAAAAACCUGAUGUCACCUACAGUGACGUGGGAGGAUGCAAAGAGCAGAUCGAGAAGCUGAGAGAGGUGGUGGAAACCCCCCUGCUUCACCCAGAACGAUUUGUCAAUCUUGGGAUCGAACCUCCCAAAGGGGUCCUUCUCUUUGGCCCACCUGGGACAGGCAAAACACUCUGUGCUCGAGCUGUCGCCAACAGGACAGAUGCUUGCUUCAUCCGAGUGAUUGGGUCCGAGCUGGUGCAGAAGUACGUGGGAGAGGGUGCUCGAAUGGUUCGGGAGUUGUUUGAAAUGGCGAGGACUAAAAAGGCAUGCCUCAUUUUCUUCGAUGAAAUUGAUGCUAUUGGAGGCGCUCGCUUUGAUGAUGGGGCCGGAGGAGACAAUGAAGUCCAGCGCACAAUGCUGGAACUGAUCAACCAACUUGAUGGCUUUGAUCCGAGAGGGAAUAUCAAAGUGUUGAUGGCAACCAAUAGGCCAGACACCCUGGAUCCAGCGUUGAUGAGGCCUGGAAGAUUAGAUAGGAAAAUAGAAUUCAGCCUACCAGAUUUGGAGGGAAGAACUCACAUAUUCAAAAUCCACGCCCGUUCCAUGAGCGUUGAAAGAGACAUAAGGUUCGAGUUGCUGGCUCGGCUGUGUCCCAAUAGCACUGGUGCUGAAAUCCGUAGUGUCUGUACAGAGGCAGGUAUGUUUGCUAUCCGAGCGAGGCGAAAAAUUGCCACCGAGAAGGACUUCCUGGACGCGGUAAACAAAGUCAUCAAGUCCUAUGCCAAAUUCAGCGCUACCCCUCGCUACAUGACCUACAACUAAGCUUGGAUCUUUCAGAUAACCCUCAAGAGUGUUUCUGGGGAGUGUUGUGUUGUAGCUGGACCUAGUAGAAGUAAAAAACAGAUGACAUUCCAACUUACGUGGUUGUCUUUAUUGGAAGUGUAACGAUUUAGCUUUAUUGUUAUAUUCAAAAUAAAGAUUGUGAGCUCCC